CCGGUCGCGCUGCCUCCCCGCCGCGCCCCCAGCUGGCGCCCGCAAGUGCAGCAGCCGCGCGCCCAGCACCCCGGGCCUCGGCGGGGAGAUGGACGGCCUGUCGGUGAGCUCGUCCUCCACCGGCUCCCUGGGCUCGGCGGCCGGGGCGGGCGGCGGGGGCGCGGGGCUGCGGCUGCUGUCAGCCAACGUGCGCCAGUUGCACCAGGCGCUGACGGCACUGCUGAGCGAGGCGGAGCGGGAGCAGUUCACGCACUGCCUGAACGCUUACCACGCGCGCCGCAACGUCUUCGACCUGGUGCGCACCCUGCGCGUCCUGCUGGACAGCCCGGUCAAGCGGCGCCUGCUGCCCAUGCUGCGCCUCGUCAUCCCGCGCUCCGACCAGCUGCUCUUCGACCAGUACACUGCCGAGGGCCUCUACCUGCCCGCCAACACCCCCUACAGGCAGCCCGCCUGGGGCGGCCCCGACGGCAGCGGGCCUGGCCUGCCGGGCGAGGUGCGCCUGGUGAGCCUGCGGCGCGCCAAGGCCCACGAGGGCUUGGGCUUCAGCAUCCGUGGGGGCUCGGAGCACGGCGUGGGCAUCUACGUGUCGCUGGUGGAGCCAGGCUCUCUGGCUGAGAAGGAAGGGCUGCGAGUUGGGGACCAGAUUCUGCGUGUCAACGACAAAUCCCUGGCCCGGGUGACCCAUGCCGAGGCCGUCAAGGUCAAUCUGGUGCUGGAAGAUGGACGGUCCCUGGGCCUCACCAUCCGAGGGGGAGCUGAGUAUGGCCUGGGCAUUUACGUCACCGGCGUGGACCCAGGCUCUGAAGCAGAAAGCAGCGGGCUCAAGGUUGGAGAUCAGAUCCUGGAGGUGAAUGGUCGGAGCUUCCUCAACAUCCUGCACGAUGAGGCUGUCAAGCUGCUCAAGUCAUCUCAGCACCUCAUCCUGACAGUCAAGGACAUCGGGAAACUACCCCACGCACGUACCACUGUGGAUGAAACCAAGUGGAUUGCCAGUUCCCGCAUUGGGGACCCCACCACAAACUCAGCAGGGUUUCCAGGGGAUCUCACAGCAGAAGGGACAAGCAAGCCAGGAUUUUACAAGGGGCCUGCUGGCUCUCAGGUAACCCUGAGCAGCCUUGGCAACCAGACCCGCCUGCUGCUGGAGGAGCAGGCACGGCACCUGCUGAAUGAGCAAGAGCGUGCCACCAUGGCCUAUUAUCUGGAGGAGUACCGCCGAGGCAGUGUCUCUGUGGAAGCCCUGGUCAUGGCCCUGUUCGAGCUGCUCAACACUCAUGCCAAGUUCUCACUUCUCUCUGAGGUGAGAGGCACUGUCUGCCCCCAAGACCUGGACCGCUUCGAUCAUCUGGUGCUGAGGCGAGAAAUUGAAUCCAUGAAGGCUCGGCAGCCCGCAGGUCCUGGGGCCGGGGACACCUACUCCAUGGUUUCCUGCAGCGACACUGGUUCAUCCACAGGCAGCCACGGCACCUCCACCACCGUCAGUUCCGCCAGGGAGCGGCUGCUGUGGCUUAUAGACCUGAUGGAGAAUACCCUGGACUUGGAGGAAACGGGUGAGGCUGUCCGUGGCAACAGCAAUGCUCUCCCUGAUAUUUCUCUGGAUGAUGUCAAGUCCACAGCCGAGGGGAUGCCCAACUUCAAGCUGCCACCCCCACCUCCAUCUCUGGUCCAAGGCCACGAGCGACCACACUCCCAGCCCAGGAAGUCUGGGCGAGACGACCUCCAGCCACCUUCCUCUGCCUCUUCCCACUCAGGCAUCAUUUUCUCUGCUCCACGGAACUGCAGCCCGCCGUCGGGUGCUGCACCCACCCCAAAGCCCCCCUCUGCACAGGACUCUCCCUCCUCCCCCAUCUAUGCCUCCAUCACCCCUGCUAACUCUGGCUCCAAGAGGCCCCUGGAUGCCCAUCUGGCCCUGGUCAAUCAACAUCCCAUCGGUCCCUUCCCGCGGGUCCAGUCACCCCCACACCUGAAGACCCCCCCUGCAGAGAACACCCUGAAUGGGGGAUGCCUUCCACCACCUUCCCCCUCCAGCCACCCAGAGCAGUCUGGCACCAACCAGCACUUUGUCAUGGUGGAGGUGCACCGGCCCGACAGCGAGCCUGAUGUGAAUGAAGUGAGGGCACUCCCCCAGACACGCACAGCUUCCACACUCUCUCAGCUCUCGGACAGUGGGCAAACGCUGAGUGAGGACAGUGGUGUGGAUGCCGGCGAGGCAGAAGCCAGUGUCCCAGGUCGGGGCAGGCAGAUAUCAUCCACCAAGAGCAAAAGUAGUAAGGAGCCACCUCCUCGGAACGAAAGGACCACAGAGGGGGCCUCCAAACCACCGGGACUCCUGGAACCCACAUCCACCCUGAUCCGCGUGAAGAAAAGCGCAGCCACCCUGGGCAUCGCCAUCGAGGGUGGUGCCAAUACCCGCCAGCCCCUGCCCAGGAUCGUCACAAUUCAGCGAGGUGGUUCGGCCCACAACUGUGGGCAGCUCAAGGUGGGCCACGUGAUCCUGGAAGUGAAUGGACUGACGCUGCGGGGCAAGGAGCACCGGGAGGCUGCAUGCAUCAUCGCAGAGGCCUUCAAGACCAAGGAGCGGAACUACAUCGACUUCCUGGUCACGGAGUUCAAUGUGAUGCUCUAGAGGCCCAGGGCCUCCCACUGCUGCCCAGCCCUUCGCCCCUAUCCCUCCUCCAUCCCAGCACUAGCCAGCCCCUACAAGGGUCAGGACUGCAUGGCCAGGGUAGCAAAAGAUAACCCCCCACAGGCACACACUCCGCUCCUUCCCGGCCCACUGGACCCCAACCGGGAAAAGAGAGUCAGGUGAGGUGGCUGACACACAUUAGGUGCUCAGUGCAAGUGUGGGCAGUGUGGAGUCAAAGGGCAGGGCAUCUGAGUGUUGACCACACCUUUACCUGAGACUUGCCAGGAUCUAGACCCUAGCUCAGAUGGAGGCACUGCUGCUCCCUACCUGCUAGAAGCAGGCUCACCCCCAGCUGCCUGAACCUCUGUCUGGAGUGAGGUCACAGGAGAGUCAGAGGGCACCGCCCCCAGCCAAGGGAGACCUUGCAGGACCUUUAGUGCCACAGAUAAGCUCAAGCACCUCCCCACACCCCACCCCUUCCUCCUGGUUCCUUAUCUGUCCUGGUGAUUAUUAUUUAUUUCUCCAAGGCCCCAGCUUCCCACUGUACCUCCCAGCCUACCCCCAGAGGCCUUGCAGGCAACCAGUGGCAUCCAUGUAUUUAUAUACAGAGCUUAUGACUUUAAUUUUUCAAUAAAGAAAUCUGAACAAGGUGAAA